GAUCGGUCUACGUUCAUCGUAUUGAUCGGUCUGUCUGAACGACCAUCGAAUUUUGAGGACGGUCAUCGGUGGCACGUUAUACUAAGACUAGGCAUGCGCGCUGAAGUUUUACCUAAAAAAUUAGCCACAGAGAAUGGCAUUGGAAUGCGCGCUGAAGUUUUACCCACAGAGAAUGGCACUUCCGUGUUACUAUCUUAUCAACGCAGCUAUGGCAGUGAUGUUUCGGUCUUUUCCUUCAAAUCUUAUGGUAAAUUUGUGAAUUCGGCGUGAACAGUUUUGACUACUUUUUCGAUGUAAAAAAAUCAGUGAUAGAUGUUAUUUCUUAUGAUGUUGAAAAUAUUACUAGUUUACUAUAGAUACAUAGUGAUGUGAAGAUGCGGAGUCCACAGGCCACAAUCACUGAUGCUAUGCCAAAAUGUUGUCAACUUGACAUUUAGAAACAAAUGAGAUACUUGUAGAGUAUCAGUUUUUCUUGAGCUUGCAUUUCCUUUCUGAAAUCUGAAACCUUUCUACAACUAUCCCCUUUUUCCAUAGUUUAUCUGGCACGACUAGUCUCUCGUCUGUUCUCCAGACCUUAAGAGGUCUGAAUUCAAAUUCCAUUUGCG